AUGCCUUGGAUCACCCUGCUUCUCGCAGCCGCUGGCUCCAUGGCGAUCCCGGCGCCGUCCAUCUUGCUGGUGCCCCCGCACCCGAGCAGCCAGGAGGACCCCAUCCACAUCUCGUGCGUGGCCCCCGGCGGCUUCCCCGGGGCGAAUUUCACGCUGUACCGAGGGGGCCAGGUGGUGCAGCUCCUGCAGGCCCCCGCGGAGCAGCUGAGCGUCACCUUUAACUUGAGCGGCGGUGGCAGGGCGGGCGGCGGCGGCGGCACCUUCCACUGCCAGUACGGCGUGCUGGGCGAGCACAGCCAGCCCCAGCUCUCGGACCUCAGCGAGCCGGUGCACGUCUCCUUCCCAGUCAAGGUGAAAAACUUGCAGAAGAAAAGAGAGCGAGAGUCCUGCUGGGCCCAGAUCAACUUCAGCACCUCAGACAUGGCCUUCGAUAACUCCCUGUUCGCCAUCUCCACGAAAAUGACCUGCGAGGAGAACUCGGGGGCCCUUGACUCCAGCCCCGACAAUUCAGGGCCCCGGAAGAGGCCCACCUCCACGUCGUCCUCGCCCGAGCCCCCGGCCCCCGACUUCAGCACCUUCCGGGCAGGCCAGUAAGGCUGCGGCCGCCCCGGCGUCCAGGAGGCCCGGGGAGGACAGCGCUCCGGCACCUGCUUUCUCAGGGAAUCGACCAGAACUGGAAGACUUGAAGGCGAACCUUGGCCUUGGGGCUCUUCCUAGCCGGGGCG